UCAGUGCUUGCUGUAGUAUAUUCAUUCAAGGCAAGGGCUGGUUGGGGUUGAAGUUUUAAGGGGGUGUCUUGUGUACUACUACUACUGUGGAUGCAGGAUCUGAAACGAGGACUGAGACUGGAAUACAGCUGCUGUUAAAGAACUGGAAUCAAGGUUACCACUGCUGUAAAUAGAAAUAAACCUGUGGCAAAAGUAGAACCAACAUUGGACCACUACUGUUCAGCAAUACCAGGACGGGAAGCGCUUCAGUGGGUGGAUGUGGGAUUAAGAGUGUUUAUGGCCUGCUGUUAGAAUAAUUUUGCCAUCUUCCACUGUAUGAAUUUUGGAUUGAUGUGACAAUGUCCAAUGAAGGAGACUAUAGAGGUCAGCCUUCCACAACAACCAUUAGUACUGUUGCAGUCCAAGCAGGGGAUUCACGGAUCAUUGUAGCAUUACUAAAGUGUGGAACACUGGUGAAGCUCCAGCUGGCUGAAUCCACACCGAAUCUGUUAGAGAUUGGAAGUAAUCAAGAUGAGACCAAGAAGCUACUGCAUGGACAUGAAGUCAUGUUGGCAAAACUCAAGGCACAAGAGGAUGGUGUUUGGAGUUUGCUGGGUGAAGCUGAUAAAACUGCAGAGGAUAACCUGGAUCAAGAACAGGUGUAUGCUGCCAUGGCAACCACUCUGAGUGAGGCAUGGGUGGCUCUAAUAGACCUCUUGGAAAAGCGUAAAGCACUCUUACACCUGGCCUCUGAAUUGUUUGACAGAGCACUGGAAUUUGCCAUAAAAAUAGAUGAAGCAGAAGACUUCCUACAAAAUGCCCAAGAGUUUCAGAAUGCAGAUGGCCUGAAGGAGCUUCUUCACAAGCACAGUUACAUGAAGAAAGUACUUUUAGAAAAAUCCAUGUCUCUUUUAAACAAAAGCCAGGAACUGCAGGAUUUCAUUAAAGACUUUAAAGUGGAUGACCCAGCUAUAAACUCUGAAGCUAUUAGGGGUGCCCGAAGCAGCUGUCUAAAGAUUGAGAGCCUCCUGGAGAUGCUUCAGGACAGACGAAGGCAGUUAAAUGAACAGCUAAAACAACAGCGUAUGGACCUGGAACACAUUCUGGAAAUGUGCCAAUGGAACCAACAGGAACAGGAAGUGACUAACUGGUUGAAGGAACAUGCAGAAGUGUAUUUAGAAAGAGAUCAGCUGGGUUUGUCUCUGUCUGAAAAUGAAGAGCUACUUCAAGAGUAUCAAGAAUUUGAGAUAAAAGCCAAGGAGCGGAGCUUGUUUGUUGAAAGAUUAACAGCAAAAGCCAGCGCGAUUCUGAUGGCAGAGGAUUAUAGGGAUAAAGAAGAGGUGUUGGUCCGAAGUCAGAAAUUAAAGGUGCUGCACGAUGAGAUUUGGCACCAAAUGCUGGAAAGGGGAACUCACCUACAAGAGGCCAAUGCAUUUUUCAGUAGUGCCAACAAGGCGUUUAAUGUUCUGGGGAGUAUCGAGGGUCACUUGAAGCUGCUGAACUCUGAGUCUUUUAGCUUACCUGAAUUAGCCAAAAGGCAGGAAGAACUGCAGAAAAGCAUAAAAGAAACUGCAGCAGAAGCUUUGCAACGGGGGCAGAGCUUUCUAAAUAAAGCCAACCCUCAAAGCUCCCAACUCAGUGGAAUUCACAAGAUGACUGGCGACCUCCAGGGGAGAGUCAGCCAGCUCACCAACCAGUGUCAGGCUCACAAAGAGCUUGCAGUGAAGAAGCAGCAGCUCAUCACGUCCACCGAGGAUCUCUUUGAUAAGGCAUCAAGUUGGGUAGAAAAAUGCAGCUCUGUACUUUCAAGUAACGUGGAACCCGGAUCAUGUCUCGCAGAAUCAGAGGAUGUACUCAACAAACAUUUGGAGUUGUCUCUCCAAACUAAGGAAGUAGUGAAUGAGUUGGAGGCCUUUGCAGAAAUCAUUACAGAGCUUAAAACAUUUGAAUCACCAGAAGUAACUGAGUUUUCCAAUAAAUCAAGCUUGCUAAAUGAGGAGCUAAACACCCUCAGCAGAAAUAUAAGCUCCAGAGUUGAAAUCAUGACAGCCUAUGUGACAUUUUUAAAAUCUGCCAAGGAGGUUGACGAGCAAAUACAGAACCUGGAAGAAUUCUACAGAUCCAAGCCAAUGGAAGAAGACAAUGAAGAGAGCAGUAAAACCAUGAUGGAAAUAGCCAAUGUUAAAUGGCAAUCUCUUUUGGAAAGAUUUCUAACAGUGCAAGACUUGGGACAUCAUUUUAUCAAUUCAUCAAAUAUGGUAAGUGAGAACCUGAACCUAAAUUUGAAAGCAGCCGUGACUGUUGUGGAAAACACCAGAGAAGAUCUCAGUAAAAAGAAGGUAGCUCUAACAGAGCUGUGGACUACUUGGCAGCUUCAUGUCAACCAGUUGACAUCUGUGAAAAAACAGUGGAGAUCGUUUAAAGAGCAACUUAAAAAGACUGUACAUAAUUUGAAGACCGUGGAGGAUGUGCUUGCACCAGCAUCCAAAGUUGAGUUGGGAAGUAAUCUUCUGGUUGCUACCCAGCUCCAGGACAAUUUCAACCAAGCUAAACCACAGUUUCAGCAAUUAAAUGCUGAGGUGGAGUACAUGGUGAAAAUAUCAGAGUUACUGGUUCUGAAAGGAAUCCCUGUGAAGGAAAAUAAUGAGAUGGUUGCAGAGCUUCUGCACAUCCAUCAGCGAGUGAAGGAGAGGAUCAAUGAGUAUGAAGCCGUCCUGAACAGGACUGUCAAGUUUCAUCAGCUCUUUGAUGAGCUGGAGAAUCUCUUGAAAUCAGAACCAGUGACUGCAUUCCACGAUAUUAAUCAAGCCAAGACCCAGCUCAGUCAGCAUCAAGGGAAACAAACCCAUAUUCGACACCUCUAUAAACUGGCUAUUACCUUAGGAGUGGAUAUUACCACUACUGUACAGCAGUCGAGAGCUCUGGGCUUUUCUGUGCAACAGCUUCAGAAAAAGCUGAAGGCGCUUGAGGCUGGGUGUGUCAACUGGAGCACAGAAGCAGACAAAUAUGAGGAAAACCUUCUGAGCAAUGUGCAUUACUGUUCAGUCAAAGAGGAGAUCAGUGAGCUUAAGGAUUCGUUUAAAGACCUCAAGAAGAAAUUCAACAAUUUGAAAUUCAAUUAUAUGAAGAAAAAUGACAAGUCACGAAACUUGAAAGCUGUCAAAAACCAGAUUCAACAGGUUGACAUGUAUGCAGAAAAAAUUCAGAUGCUAAAGAAGAAAAUAAGUAACUUUGCAACAAAGGUUUCUGCUGGCACUGAGAAGCAGCUCCUUGGAAGUAACCCCAGAGAAAUUGAGGAAGCUGUGAAUGAGCUUCAAAAACAAGUGGUCGAUUUUGACAAGACGGUGGAGGAGUACAAGCAGAACCUGGACAUGUCUGUGCGUCUGCAGCAGGCCAUGGAGGAGUAUAAUUUUUGGUGCGAAGAAGCGAGUGCCACCAUUGUGCGAGUGGGAAAAUAUUCUUCAGAAUGCAAAACCAGAGAGGCAGUGGGCAUUCUUUACAAGCAGUUUGAAAAGUUUGUCUGGCCUACAGUACCUCAACAAGAGGAAAGAAUUAACCAAAUCACAGAACUGGCUGUACGUUUACAUGGUCCUGAAGAAGGGAAGAAGUUUAUAGAGAAAACAGUAAACAAACACAAGGAAAUUCUGGAGUCUAUUAAGGAACUGUGCAAUGGUCUACGAGAUCUUGAAGGAAAACUACAGAGUGAUGUUCUAAAGCAGAAAUUGGAAUCUUCUGUGGAUUUGAAGGUUGAUAAUCAACAAAAUGUAAAAACAAAUAAAGCACAAAAUGUAAAAGGAGUGACAAGUUUCCAAGAAACCCCAGAAAGGGUAGAAUUGAAUGAAGAACCAAAUAGAUCAGCUACAUCUGAAAGCAUUAAGGCUGUACCUGACCAGACCUCAAGAAAUGGGAAUAGUAUGUUGGAUAAAAAACUAAGAAGUCAGGAAUUAUUAGAGAAUGUCAAAAAUCAUCACGAUGCUUUGUCUGAGAAGAGAUCGUUUACGGAAGAAACUUAUUCUGAAACAAACACUGUCAGCAACAAAGUAGAGGAACAGAUCUUCACCACAGUGCAGAGGCAAGAGCAGCAGCGGAGCACAGUGUACUCUUGCACACAAACUAUCCGUUUGUCAGCCUCUCCUAUUGAUCCAGGGAGAAGGAUAACUUCUCUUCAUCAGACAGGGAACUGGGCUCAAGGCACCCAAACUUCAGCUUUCCCUGCCGACACUGAGGCUUCAGGGUUGCCACACAUUCAGGAGGAAUUUAAAAGAAUGGACAUGCAAGGCCAUAGGCAUAGCACUAACAAUAACAGAGAUACACAGAAUGAUAAGGUAUACAGUUACCUUCAGUCAUCAACUUUAAAUACACAGACCAAAGAUGAAGACUUAGUGCACAGAGAGUUGCCUCAUUCAGUGCCCGAUGAUUUCCUAUUGCAAGAUGCAGCAGCUAUACUUCAUGCUGCCACAGAGGGCAGUGGACUGGCUGAGGGGGACUUGCAAAAUGAGCUUCUCACUGAUGAAACCCUGUCUAUUGAUGAAUAUGAGUGUGCGUCUCCAGAUGACAUUUCUUUACCUCCACUCUCUGAGACCCCCGAAUCCAACAUCCUUCACUCUGAAACAGACCUUGAGGAUGGCUUUUGUCUCAGUUCUCACAGCUUGCAUGUCAACACAUCCAGUCAACAAACACAGUCACAAUUUGGCAAUAACAGAAUGACUGACAGUUUUGACUUCUUAACACCUGUUGCUGCUGCUGACACCCUAAACCACAGGCGAGAAUGGGUUUCUAGUCAGUCUGAAAGCUAUCCUUCACCUCCUGGGGGGCUGUACCCUAAAUUUAAGUCUGAGUCAUCCUCAUUUGUUCGCAGUCCCUUGACAGUGCCUGCACCUGGCAUUGUUUCUGAUACACUUUCUAGCAUAUUAAAAAGCAAACCUGCAAACAAUUCUUCCAUUUCUGGCGCAUUCAGUGAAUGCCGCGAAACACACUAUGCUCUGCAUGAGAGUUUCACUGAGACACAAGAAUGUUUGCAAGACCCUAACAAAUGCAUUGCAAGUUCUGGCAGCCUGCAUGCUUCGCCUGCCCCACUAACAACAGAUCCCCUGGCCCAUAAAUCAGAACAUGAUACAGGUUUCUGCAAGCCGACGACCAUUCGAGAGGAGAUAAGGCUUCCAUCGGGGACCAGAGCCAUGAGCAACAUAACUGGCCAGGGCCCGAACUUCUCCAGGCUGUUGCCUAACGCUACUGUAGUGGAAGGUUCCCCUGUGACCUUGGAAGUAGAAGUAACAGGAUUUCCAGAGCCUACUUUAACAUGGUACAGGAAUGGACAAAAACUGACCAAUGGUGAACACAUAGAACUUUCACAAAAAGAAGGCAAACACAGUUUAUUCAUUAAGAAGGCCACUGAUAGUGAUGCUGGCCUCUAUGUUGUUCGGGCCAAAAAUUCUAGCGGUACUCUGUCUUCUAGUGCAAUCCUGCAAGUGAAAGGUAACUUGCAACCCAAUUUCAUGCACACAAUUAAUAUGGACUGGCUCACAUGUUUUGGUACACUCUGUGUCGUCUUGUGGCUAAUGUACCUGUUGUUAACUUAGUUACUGUCGUUUUGCACCACUGGACUUGUUAAGCUUUUAACUUAAGAUGGACACUCUUUACAAAUAGUAUUAACGUGUUUCACUUUGCACGAAAAUAACUUAUCUUCAAUCAAGAAAUAUGUAUUAAUAAUAUUGAAUUGUAUUUGUAACUGUUGUUUAAUUGUUUUAAGAAUAUAAAAAAACACUGUGUUUGAACUGAUUUGUAAACCUUUUAAUGGAAAGAUUGCUUUCAUUAGCAUUUCAAAUAUACUGUAAGCUGCACCACAGGGUAAAUGAGUGGCUAAUUCUGUAUACAGAGCCUGUUAUAGCUACUGAGCUUGCAAACAAAUAAAAAUGGUUCCAAAUGAUGGCAGAUGAACAGAAAAAAACUAAAUGUGUACCCACUGGAUAUCAGAUUUUAGAAGAAUACAUAAUUAUUGUGGACCUGACAUCAAAAUAUAGUAACCUUGUACAAUGACAUUCACAUGGGAUAUGUGGUGCUGUCAGAGCUCGUUAGGGUUGACAGUAGUGUUUCAAGAUGCUGUUUUAAGCUACUUUUUCUUCUGCUAUUUUUCUUCUGAAGAAUUUAAAACAAAUUCCCCUAACCCUCAUUUGUCAGAACAAGCCCUUUUGUAGUCCUAACUGUUUAACACAUGCUGUGCAAUCCUGCUUUACUGAAACAGCUCACUCUGAGAGGGUCACUGCCUUAUACAGAAGCAUUGGGGGCGGGGAAGGAAUAGGAACAAUAAAGCUAAUGGUAGAAAAUGGAUGUUACUACACUUUGAUUCAGCUAAUGACACCAACAUGUAAUGUAGCAUUUGACACCUUGUAGGGCGACUACAAUGCUUCUACUAAACCUGGAAAUUAAGCUGUAAAUUUCUUAAAUUGCUCAUAUUCUUUGGUAUAUGUCAAAAACUUGGUGACGUGCAUUCUGUAAAUUCAUUUUUUUUUUAUGUUUUUAUUUCCUCACAAAAAAUGUAGUAAAAAAAAAAAACCUCCCAUGAAUUGUGCUUACACAGAACAUGUCUUGUUUAUGAAGAAAAAAUAGCACAAGGCAUAAUCUUGCUGGAGUUUCCCAUGCUGUCAUUCUUUACAAGUUGGGCUUGCUUAUCUCCUGUAAUAUCUAAUCACCAAUGCAUGUCAGGAAAAAUUGUUGUAUUGGUAAGUUGUUAUAUACAGUAUAUAUUGUAUUCUCAAGAAAAAUACUAAAUCCUAUAUUUUUAUGUUUAACACACCCACCGCAGUUUGGCUCAGAGCUUUUACUAUUAUGAUAUUCUGGGUUAGACAGCAUGUUUGUAAAAAAACAGAAAAUAAAAUAUUAGUUCAGCUUUAGAGGAAAUUGUAGUAUAUUCACUGUUCUUAAAAAGGAAGAGAAGUUACAGUACUUUGAGAUUGUGUGUAGGGGUGAGUGUGACGACUAAGUUUAACUACUGUGUGGUUUCAGGCGAUUGACCAUGGAAGUGGUUCUGUCACCCCAUUAAACAGCAUAUUAAACGACAGAAGCAGGCAACACGUCUUGCUUCAUGAAGCUUCACAAACUUGUACGGUCAUGUGUUUUUAUUCUAUAUUUACUGUAGGUAUAUCCAAGAGGCUUCAGGCAGAUCUGUUGGUCUGCAUACAGUACAUACAAAUAUAAAGUAUUGGGGCACCACUUCAGUGACUGACCCAUUGCUCAGACUUCUGAUAUUAAUUAAAAAGGUACUGUAAUAAAGUAGAUCCUGUCUAAUUCAGGCCCUCUAAAAACUGGCAUUCUGUAUAAUUUAUCAUAAUUUAUGUCACAACAGUAUUGAUUGUGGGAUACAAUCCAGAACCUAUCUAUUCAGGAAUCCAGCAUGAUUCGUAUGUCUUGUCUGCCUAAAAUCAAUGGAACAUUGACUGUGCAGUCCAGCACCAAGUCAUGUGAUCUUUCUUUUCUAAGUUUAGAAUCAUGUAUGUUUCGUAAAUGCGCACAUGUCCCACGGGUAUAGUACAGGAAGAUCCUUGUUUACUUAACAGAGAAAGUAAAAUUAAUGCAGUCCUUGAAUUACAGGACAUGCUUGGACUGAACAUCUACUGUAUGUAUUAUAAUGAGUUUUUUUUUUAAGCGUUCAAUUAGUUUGUCAUUAUACCUUAGAUUUUACAGUACCUCUGUAAACCAGCAUACUGUAUAAUCCGGCACAAUUCUCCAGUCCCAAGCAAUGCCAGAUUAGACAGACUUUACUAUAGUUGUGAAUUUCUUUUCAUCCUUUAUAUUAUAUGAUAAUUUGCUAAUGGAUAUAUUUUUUACAAAAUCUGCAUAUUAUGAAUAAAUAUUUGUGCAUUUUGAA